GGGCAGCGGCGGAGGGAGGGGAGCCCGGGAGGGGGGCGCCGCGCUGGGAGGGAGGCAGCGCGCACGGUGCAGCCGGGCCGGGCGGGAGGUAUGGCGGGGCCCCCGGCCCUACCCCCGCCGGAGACGGCGGCGGCCGCCACCACAGCGGCUGCUACCUCGUCGUCCGCUGUCUCCCCGCACUACCAAGAGUGGAUCCUGGACACCAUCGACUCGCUGCGCUCGCGCAAGGCGCGGCCGGACCUGGAGCGCAUCUGCCGGAUGGUGCGGCGGCGGCACGGCCCGGAGCCGGAGCGCACGCGCGCCGAGCUCGAGAAACUGAUCCAGCAGCGCGCCGUCCUCCGGGUCAGCUACAAGGGGAGCAUUUCGUACCGCAACGCGGCGCGCGUCCAGCCGCCCCGGCGCGGAGCCACCCCGCCGGCCCCGCCGCGCGCCCCUCGCGGGGGCCCGGCCGCCGCGCCGCCGCCCACGCCCGCCCCGCCGCCGCCGCCCGCGCCCGUCGCUGCCGCCGCCCCAGCCCGGGCGCCCCGCGCGGCAGCCGCGGCCGCCGCCACCACAGCGCCCCCCUCGUCCGGCCCCGCGCAGCCAGGCCCCCGCGCGCAGCGGGCCGCGCCCCUGGCCGCGCCGCCGCCCGCGCCCGCCGCUCCGCUGCCAGUGGCGCCUCCGACCGGCCCGCGGCGCGCCCCCCCUCCUGCCGUCGCCGCCCGGGAGCCGCCACUGCCGCCGCCGCCACAGCCGCCGGCGCCGCCACAGCAGCAGCAGCAGCCGCCGCCGCAGCCGCAGCCACAGCAGCCGCCGGAGGGGGGCGCGGCGCGGGCCAGCGGCCCUGCGCGGCCCGUGAGCCUGCGGGAAGUCGUGCGCUACCUCGGGGGCAGCGGCGGAGCCGGCGGCCGCCUGACCCGGGGCCGAGCGCAGGGGCUGCUGGAGGAGGAGGCGGCGGCGCGAGGCCGCCUGGAGCGCACCCGCCUCGGAGCGCUCGCGCCGCCCCGCGGGGAUAGGCCUGGACGAGCGCCGACGGCUGCCAGCGCCCGCGCGUCGCGGAGCAAGAGAGGUGGAGAAGAGCGACUGCUCGAGAAGGAAGAGGAGGAAGAGGAUGACGAAGAUGAAGAUGAUGAAGACAAUGUGUCUGAGGGCUCCGAGGUCCCCGAGGGUGACCGUCCUGCAGGGGCCCAGCAUCACCAGCUUAAUGGUGAGAGGGGCCCUCAGAGUGCCAAGGAGAGGGUCAAGGAGUGGACACCUUGCGGACCUCACCAGGGCCAGGAUGAAGGGCGGGCACCAGCGCCCGGCAGUGGCACCCGCCAGGUGUUCUCUAUGGCAGCCAUGAAUAAGGAAGGGGGAUCAGCCUCUGCUGCCACUGGGCCAGACUCCCCAUCCCCCGUGCCUUUGCCCCCAGGAAAACCAGCCCUGCCUGUGGCCGAUGGAACCCCCUUUGGCUGUCCUUCUGGGCGCAAAGAGAAGCCAGCUGACCCCGUAGAAUGGACAGUGAUGGACGUGGUGGAAUAUUUCACCGAGGCUGGCUUCCCAGAACAGGCCACAGCUUUCCAAGAACAGGAAAUAGACGGCAAGUCUCUCCUGCUCAUGCAGCGGACAGAUGUGCUAACCGGCCUGUCCAUCCGCCUUGGCCCAGCCCUGAAGAUCUACGAGCACCACAUCAAGGUGCUCCAGCAAGGCCACUUUGAGGAUGAUGACCCUGAUGGCCUCCUAGGCUGAAUGUCCGGUCUCACCCCUGCCCUGACCCUUUCUUAGCCCCGUCUUACCCAAGCCCCCUGGAGUCCAGGGUUGGACUAGGGACACUCUCAGCCCUCAUAACAGAUUCCAGGGAGGAGCACCCUUCCCUACUCACCUCUUCCCAGUGUCCCCCCAACACACACAUCUGGCAUCGAGCACAUCCCCGACUUCCUGAUGGAGGAGUGUGGGGUGGGACAGGCCUGCUCACCCCCACUGCCACCCCCAACCUAGGACAUUUAAAAAAAGAAGAAAUGGGGGCUUCGUAUCCCCCAUGGAUCAGCCAGAUGUUUCCUCCUAUAUAAUGAUUUGUUCUGCCUGUUCAUUUUGAUGGGUGGCCUUUCUUUCCCCCUCUUCCCCUCCCCCCCCCCCACCAACCAGGCCCCUCCUUGGUCUACCCUCAGCCUCCAUCCCCUG